AUGUCCACAAUCGAAGACCUCGAGUUCCCUAGAGCCGUUCUUGCGCGUAUCAUCAAAGGCACGAUGCCCGAGAACGUAUCGAUCCAGAAGGAAGCGCGGCACGCUGUGACCAGAGCGGCGACUGUGUUCGUCAGCUAUCUGGCAGCGACGGCCAACGACUGCGCACGCGAGGCCGGCCAUAAGACUAUUCUGGCGAACGAUGUAUUCAAGGCGCUGGAGGCUGUUGGGCUCACAGAUUUCAUCGACAAGCUGAAGGAGGACUUUGAGGCACAUACGGCAAUGGCCCGUGAGAAGAAGGAAAUGAAGAGCAAGCAGGCUUCUGCAGAUGGUGACGAUGAUAAUGAGGAUGAGAGCGAUAUGGCAGCGGCCACAGAAGAGCCAAAGGACGACAGCAUGGAAGUUGAUGAAGCAGAAGAGUCGUCCGACCCGUCCAAACGCCCACGCCUGGAGUAA